UGGGCAGCGUCGGCUUGUUUUGCUACGUGGAAGAAGGAAGACCUUGGCGCAUGCGCAGCAGGGCCGGCUCUCCUGCCUGGCAAGCUGCUCUAUCCGGGUUCAUCAUUUCUCUCAUGGCUGUCGAUGUACGGCGGGGAGCGGGUUGUGGCAACAGCUACGGAUAAGGGAAGAAGGAGGAAGAAAGAAGGCGAAGCGACCAAGCCAUCGGUCGGUCGGUCGGUCGGUCGGUGCCGGCUUAGGGCCGGUGGAGGAGGGCGAUGAGUUGGUUCAACGCCUCGCAGCUCUCGACCUUUGCCAAGCAGGCUCUGUCGCAGGCGCAGAAGUCCAUCGACCGGGUGCUGGACAUUCAGGCCGAAGAGGAGGAGGAAAGCAAGGGGGGACAUGUCGGAAGCGCCCAGUCCCGGCCGGGAGAAGCUGGAACAAACUCGCUUACAAGUGGAGGAUGGGAUACUUCUACCUGGGGAACAAAUGCAGAUACAGAAUCUCAAAGUCAGCCAAUAUCAUCUCCUACAGCCAUCACCAAACCUGUUAGGAGGACUGUGGUAGAUGAAUCGGAAAACUUCUUCAGUGCCUUUCUCCCACCAACAGAUGUUCAGAGUAUUCAGCAAAGUCCAGUGGUGUCUAAGCCACCCACCAAAUCGCAGCGACCCAAAGAAGUCAGAAGCACACUAGAGGAAACUCUGCAUGCUGACCUGCCAGAAACAGAAGGAAAAGGUAUCUCUGCCAUUUCAUCCGUGGAAUUGAAAAACUUCAGCAAUUCCCAGGAGCAGUUAGAAGAAACUAAUUCAGUACUUAAUUUUGAAGACAAGCAUGAUGAAAACAACGCUAAAGACACUGGUGAAAAGGCAUCUCAACAUCUCAAGGUAGCUGAAUCCACUGCUAUUGUGAAAGCAAGUUCAGGAAGUGAUGGACCCAAUCAUGUGCCUGACUCUGCUCGACCUCUGCCUGCAGAGACAAAGAACAUAGGUUUGGAAACUAAAGAGCAAAAAAGCGAGGAUCGGCAAAGCAAUACACCUUCACCUCCAAUUAGCACUUUCUCCUCAGGGACAUCCACAACUAGCGAUAUUGAAGUUUUGGACCAUGAAAGUGUAAUUAGUGAGAGUUCAGUAAGCUCAAGGCAAGAAGCUGCCGAUUCGAAAGCUAGUCUUCAUCUGAUGCAAACUUCCUUUCAGCUUUUAUCAGCAUCUGCUUGCACAGAAUACAACCGUCUUGAUGACUUUCAGAAAUUGACUGAGAGUUGCUGCUCUUCUGAUGCUUUUGAAAGGAUAGACUCAUUUAGUGUGCAAUCUUUAGACAGUCGGAGUGUAAGCGAAAUAAACUCAGAUGAUGAAUUGUCAGGCAGGGCAUGUGUUUCAGCAUCUGUCACCCUCAGCCCUUCAACACUAAAAAGUGAAGAGGCUGAACCUGUAAAAAGCAAGACAGGCCAAAUCGUAAAUGAGAGUCUUGUGCUACUCACAGAAGAAACAGAAAUGGAGGAAAGUGGGCGAAGUGCAACCCCUGUUAACUCUGAGCAACCAGAUGUCUUGGCUGUUUCGGUUCAAACUGAUGGACAGACCCAGAAAGAGGUGGUGGUGGUACAUUGGCCCAAUGCUGAAAAGCUGUCCAAUGCAGAGUGUGAAAAAGAAGAACUUUGCAAGAUUAUUGAUUCACUGACGGAAAAAGUGGAGAUGAGGGAAACUCGGCUAUUAAAUGUCAGUAAAGAGAAGGCAUGCCUAGAAGAAGCUUAUGAUAACCUUAAAGAUGAAAUCUUCAAAAUGAAAGAAGAGAACAGUAGCAUUUCAUCUCUUAAAGAGGAGUUUGCUCAGCGAAUAGCAGAUGCAGAGAAAAAGGUUCAGCUAGCAUGCAAAGAGAGAGAUACAGCAAAAAAGGAAGUAAAGAUUCUGAAAGAAGAUCUAGCAACUAGACUGAAUAGCAAUGAAACUGCUGAAUUGCUAAAGGAGAAAGAUGAUCAAAUUAAAGGUUUAAUGGAAGAAGGAGAAAAGCUUUCAAAACAGCAGUUACAAAAUUCUAACAUCAUUAAGAAACUAAGAGCAAAGGAAAAGGAAAGAGAAAACAUUAAUACAAAGCAGAGUAAAAAAAUUAAGGAAUUAGAAGAAGAGUUACAGCAUCUGAAACAGGUGUUGGAUGGCAAAGAGGAAGUUGAAAAGCAGCAUAGAGAGAGCAUUAAGCAGCUAAACAGUGUGGUUGAACGGCAAGAGAAGGAUCUUAUCAGACUCCAGGUGGAUCUUGAGGAUCUUGAAGAGAGGAAUCGAAGUGUUCAGGCAGCCCUUGAUAGCGCAUACAAAGAACUUGCAGAUCUUCACAAAGCCAAUGCUGCAAAGGACUGUGAGGCACAAGAAGCAGCUUUGAGCUAUGAACUGAAAGUGAAAGAGGAACUGGGCUUAGCUCUGGAGAAGGCCCAAGAGGAGGCACGUCAGCAACAAGAGGCUUUAGCAAUUCAGGUGGCAGACUUGAGACUGACCCUGCAACGUGCAGAGCAGCAAACAGCUAGAAAGGAGGAUUAUUUACGCCAGGAAAUUAGUGAACUUCAACAGAGGCUUCAAGAAGCAGAGACCCGCAACCAUGAGCUGAGUCAGAGUGUUACAUCUGCUACAAGGCCUCUGCUCCGGCAGACAGAAAACCUGCAAGCCACGUUGGCAGCACAGACCUUGUCAUGGGAGAAGGUGGAGAAGAAUCUCACUGAUAGACUUGGGGAAUCUCAAUCUGCCUUGGCAGCACAAGCUGAAAGAGAACGUGCUGCUACAGAAGAACUUAUUUCCAAUAAAAUCCAGCUUUCUUCCACUGAAUCACAGAAUAGCCUUCUAAGACAAGAAAAUAGUCGCCUUCAAGCUCAACUUGAGGCAGAGAAAGCCAGGCUUAAGAAACUAGAAAACGAAAAUAAUCGGUAUGAAGUCGAACUAGAAAACCUUAAAGAAGAGUAUGUGAAAACCGCUGAAGAGGCAAAGAAAGAAAAGAUGCUGUUAGCUGCGCAGCUUGAAAUGGAGAAAAUGAAAGUUGAACAAGAAAAAAAGAAAGCGAUUUUUGUACAAGAAACUGCAAGAGAAAAGGAGCGUAAACUAUACACAUCAUCAACAAUGGAAACUGCCUCAAGCACUCCAACCCUGUCACGCUCAAGUUCGAUAAGUGGGGUUGAUAUGACAGGUCUGCAGGCAUCCCUCAUAUCCCAGGAUGACCAACAUGAUCAUUCCUUUGUUUCAAUGUCUACAAGUGGGAGCAAUCUAUAUGAUGCUGUGAGAAUGGGUGCAGGUUCAAGCAUUAUUGAAAAUCUACAGUCACAAUUAAAAUUGCGGGAUGGUGAGAUUUCUCACUUACAGCUGGAAAUUGGAAACCUUGAAAGAACUCGGUCAAUAAUGGCAGAAGAGCUGGUAAAGCUGACAAAUCAAAAUGAUGACUUAGAAGAAAAAGUAAAGGAAAUACCCAAACUACGUGCACAGCUAAGGGAUUUGGAUCAGAGAUAUAAUACCAUUCUUCAGAUGUAUGGUGAGAAAGCAGAAGAAGCAGAAGAACUGAGAUUGGAUCUUGAAGAUGUGAAAAAUAUGUACAAGGCACAGAUUGAUGAACUUCUAAAACAAAGGCAUAGUUAAUUACUGCUGAAGUUGCAGCUUUAAAACAAUGUUGCAUUAAAUUGUAGAGAUGUUUAUGUAAAUACAAAUGGCUUUGUAAAGAAUUUGUACUAUAGAAUGAUUAUACUGUAGAGUUCAUAUGAUGGCAAGGAUUGUUAUGCUUUUGUGAUGGCCAACUGUCAGCAAUUAAAUUAUUUGUUAAUAUUAAAAAAUUUAUCCAUAGCUGAAUGCUAAUUAAAAACAGACCAUCUUGUGUCUAUAUAGUAGUAUACAAAUUAGUUUGCAUAAUGCUGGUCAUUCAGCAGUGGGAACUUUUAAACUGCAGUUGUUUCACAGGGAUGUAGUUGAAUAAUUCCACUGACAGUUCCUGACUGAUAUCCUAAUGCUGAUCUGUUCCUAUUAAAAUAAAUAUUUAGAGAAAAAAUAUACUGAUUCUUAAAAUAUAAAUACAAAUAGCAGUUACAUGCUAUCUUGAAAUACAAGGGUUGGGUGCCUUUAAGACUUUUUAAAAAACCAAAUUAAUAUUUGGAUUUAUACAGUGGUGGCCUAACCAGACAGAGUUAGCAAUUUUGCUGUCCACAAAGCCAGAUAAUUGCCUUUGAUCCCAACAAUAGAGAGUAGUAUUCAGUCUCAAAAUUGGUAUUGCAUUGUAAUAGCAACCAAGCUCCCUCUUAUAUAAUAGAAACAACUCAGAACUGUUUCUUAAAGGUUUUGCUGCAUUCCAAAGCAUAUUCCACUGCCACAUAGAGGUGGGCUGCCUAGCAGCUUUAAUGGCUUUUAACUGUACUGAAAGGAUGCAGCGUUUGUCUAAAAAUCAGCAGUACUUUGGGGGAAGGAAAGUUGACAUACUGAAACUAUCCUUUCUCUUUCUGUCAUAGCCUAAUUCUUACAAUGUGUGUGAAUGCACUUUAUUUUCAAAAGUGAAUAAACUUGUUCCAGAUGUUUCAAAUGAUCUCCAGUAAUUUAAAAAUUAUCUUUAGAAGGUGUUUGCCAGAACAGAAAUAAGGAAUAACACCUUAAGUUGCCUUUUUAGCUAUUUAGCCUGAGACAGGAAAACUCACUAGUAUCAGCCAAGUUCAGAAAAGGAAUGUGUUCAAAGUAUUGUUCUAUACCUUAUUGUGCUUUGUUACACUUACAGUUUGUAUUAGUUAUAAAGAGCCAUUACUGUAAAAUUAACCUCCAGUUGUUUAAAUAUUUGUUCAAAGAUAAUUGAGGCACUGCUGCAUCUCUUUAGGAUUUAAAAAGAUUUCCACACAGGAAUUGGGAGUUUUCUUAAAUGAAUUUGUGACAUUUUUAGUUGAUGAUAAAUAGAUAAAAUGUACACACUGAAAACAUAUUCAGAGCAGGUACAUUUACUUACUGGCUAAUUCACUAUAAAUUCUAUCAUGUCAAUAUAAUAUUUUUCCUGAGCCAAUUAUCUACAGAGCUUUCACCAAACAUAAGGUGUAUGGAAAUCAAGAUUUUAUUUGAUGCUUUGCCAUUGUAUUCCCCACUUAUACGUAACUGCUUAGACUUGAUCUGUGUCUUCAGAUUCAUGUGGUAUAACCCUCCUGGGAUUUUACUACUACACAAUAGUAAAUGGGAGGGUCAUAUUGCUGAUUGAUCUCUUGGUCAAAAAUUCCCUGCCUGAGGAAAACCAGAGUGUCAGGCUUCUCCCUUACAUAUUAGGAUUCUUCCUGAUACCAGUUUUCUGUGUGCAAGAUUUUCUUUUCUUGGUGAAACAUUUAAUUGGGCAAUUUCCCACCUAUAUUUCAAAAUGCCACAUUGUAUUGCCUGAAUCUACUGAUCAGCAAGUGGAAGUUUGUACAUUUAACAGCAUGCAGCCGUCUUCCUUACAAGAUACUAAAUUGCAGUUCAGUCUCAUGGAAGAACAAUUUUAUUCAAAAAAUAUUAAUAGUUUCUUGAUACUUAUGUAAAAUGAGUAAAUGAUGGCUGCUGACAGCAAAACUUGCCAAGUGUGUAUUUUUUCCAAUAAGACAAUGUAUUAGUACUUUCAAUGUUAAAACCAAUAUAAAAUGUAAAUCUGAAUGCUGCUGAAGAGUCAGAUUAAGACUGUUGAGAAAAGAAGUUGGUUUCUGUAACUUCUAUUGAGAACAAAUUAUCUCUGCUUUUGGAGAACACAACAUAUGCCUACAACUACUAUGUUUACAUUAAGAAUGGAAGCCCUUAGAUUUUUUACCCGUUCCUUGAAUAAUUUUACAUCUUACAGAUACCUGACCCACACCCAGCUUCUUCUUCUGUUUCAAUAUAAGUAUUGGUUAUGUAGCCCAUGUUUCACUAUAUAACUGACAGCCUUCCUUGUUCCUCUGCAUCCCUUCAUCAAUCUACUAAUUUCUGAAAAUUGCAAAAACAGUUCCUGUUUGUGAAAUUUAGGCUCUUCAAAUUCAUAUGCAGUUUUAAAAAAGAACGGGGCACUUUCGUUUGCUCAGGGCUGCUUAUUUUCUCCAAGCAUACCUGUGUGUUCCCUUUUCCUAAUCUGCUUCCAGAGGUUUUGGACCUCAGGAGGCAUGUGUGACUAUUUUCAUGUAUAUAAUGGCAUGUAAUGGGGGAAGUGAUCUUCACAAAGUUGAUGUAAAAAGCAAUACUGCAAGAAAAAAAAUUCCCUGCAGAAGGGGACCUUGGCUUCCCAGUGCAUCUGGAUGAGGCAUAUAGUUGGGCUAGCUAGGCUGUCUCAAAUACUGUGCGGAAAUUAGUUUUGAUCUCUAGUCAAUAAUCGAAAGAAUGGUGCCAAUAUAUUUUUUACAGUUGUUCAAACCUUUAUUGCAGCUGUGUUAACAUGAUUUGCCCCCUUGAGAAAUACUACAUUUUUAUAAAGGACUGUAAGGCAGUUUAAAUAAAAUAUGUAUAUAAAUGUUACAGGAGUUAAGCUGUUGAUGUAAUGUAAAUAUGUAUGUUU